AUGAUGGACUUGGAGCUGCCGCCGCCGGGACUGCCGUCCCAGCAGGACAUGGAUUUGAUUGACAUACUUUGGAGGCAAGAUAUAGAUCUCGGGGUAAGUCGAGAAGUAUUUGACUUCAGUCAACGACAGAAGGAACAUGAGCUGGAAAAACAGAAAAAGCUUGAAAAGGAAAGACAAGAACAACUCCAAAAGGAGCAAGAGAAAGCCUUUUUUGCUCAGUUACAACUAGAUGAAGAGACCGGUGAAUUCCUCCCCAUUCAGCCAGCACAACACAUACCGUCAGAAACCAGUGGGUCAGCCAACUACUCCCAGGUAGCCCACAUUCCCAAAGCAGAUGAUUUGUACUUUGAUGACUGCAUGCAGCUUUUGGCAGAGACAUUCCCGUUUGUAGAUGACAAUGAGGUUUCUUCGGCUGCGUUUCAGUCACUUGUUCCUGAUAUUCCCAGCCACACCGAGAGCCCAGUCUUCACUGCUCCUCAUCAGGCUCAGUCACCUGAAACUCUGGUCGUUCAGGUAGCCACUGCAGAUUUAGACGAUAUGCAGCAGGAGAUUGAGCAAGUUUGGGAGGAACUGUUAUCCAUUCCAGAAUUACAGUGUCUUAAUAUUCAAAAUGACAAGCUGGCUGAGACUAGUACAGUUCCAAGUCCAGAAACCAAACUGACAGAAAUUGACAAUUAUCAUUUCUAUUCAUCAAUGCCCUCACUGGAUAAAGAAGUAGGUAACUGCAGCCCACAUUUUCUCAACGCUUUUGAGGAUUCCUUCAGCAGCAUCCUCUCCACUGAAGACUCCAGCCAGUUGACAGUGAACUCAUUAAAUUCAAGUGCCACAGUAAAUACAGAUUUUGGUGAUGAAUUUUAUUCUGCUUUUGUAGCAGAGCCCAGUACCAGCAAUGCCAUGCCCUCCUCUGCUACUUUAAGCCAGUCACUCUCUGAACUUUUGAACGGGCCCAUUGAUCUCUCUGAUCUGUCACUGUGUAAAGCCUUCAAUCAAAACCACCCUGAAAGCACAACAGCAGAAUUCAAUGAUUCUGACUCUGGCAUCUCACUGAACGCAAGUCCAAGCGUGGCAUCACCAGACCACUCAGUGGGAUCUUCUGUCUACGGAGACACGCUGCUUGGCUUCAGUGAUUCUGAAAUGGAAGAGACAGACAGUGCCCCUGGGAAUGUCAAACAGAAGGGUCUCAAAACACAGUCAGUGUGGCCUUCUGGGGACCCUGUCCAACCUUUGUCAUCAUCACAGGGGAAGAGCGCUCCAGCACGUGAUUCCCAGUGUGCAAAUGCACCAAAGAAAGAUGUGCCUGUAAGUCCUGGUCAUCGAAAAACCCCAUUCACAAAAGACAAACAUUCAAGCCGCCUGGAGGCUCACCUCACAAGAGAUGAGCUACGGGCAAAAGCUCUCCAUAUCCCAUUCCCUGUAGAAAAGAUCAUUAACCUCCCAGUUGAGGACUUCAAUGAAAUGAUGUCCAAGGAGCAAUUCAAUGAGGCUCAACUUGCAUUAAUUAGAGAUAUACGUAGGAGGGGUAAGAAUAAAGUGGCUGCUCAGAAUUGCAGAAAAAGAAAACUGGAAAAUAUAGUGGAACUGGAGCAAGAUUUAGAUCAUUUAAAAGAUGAAAAAGAAAAAUUGCUCAAAGAAAGAGGAGAAAAUGACAAAAGCCUCCAUCUACUGAAAAAACAACUCAGCACCUUGUAUCUUGAAGUCUUCAGCAUGCUACGUGAUGAAGAUGGAAAGCCUUACUCUCCAAGUGAAUACUCCUUGCAACAAACAAGAGAUGGCAAUGUAUUCCUUGUUCCCAAAAGCAAGAGGCCAGAUAUUAAGAAAAACUAG